AGUUGUAAAACAAUCUUGUUCCACUGGAUGCAGCCUCUUUUUUCAUCUGAAAGACACCCAGCAUUUCUGAAGAUACAUAUACACCUACAGUUUCAGCAGUGAAGUUCUGUUUCCAGUUGCAAUAAGGUUGGUUACUUAUCAGCUGAGUGCAGUAGUGGAGACUGAUCGGUGUUGAAUUCGCUGCCGGCUCCGAGAUCUCGACCCGACCGAUGGAUGGAUGGAUGGACGGAAGGCGCUUUGAAAUCGUUGCUCUGGCGCCGUAUAUUAUAUGCAGUCCUAUGUUUUUUCUUCCUCUAUUUAGGGGAGCAUCAUCAGGUUUAACAGGUGACUAUUUGGUUGGUUACAUCUCGUACAAGGGAAAAGCGUAUCAGUGUGUCCCAAGAAUUCAUUGACGGAACCGACGCUCAAUGUCGGCUCAUCUUCUUGCAAUCACAAAGAAAAAUAAAGAAAUAUUUAACUCAUCAAAAUAUUGCCAGUCACUCAAUUUCUUUUUUGACGGGUGCUCAAUUUUUUUUUAGAGAAGACAGGGCAUCUAUCUAAAGAAAAGAGUGUAAGCCCAGGGCUGUGGCAGCCCAGCCCAUUUCACGCAGACAAAAAGCCCAGCCCAAUUGUAUAUGUCUGUCAGUCAAUGUGACAGAGACUGACCCACGGCUUCCCCUUCCUUCGCGCAGCUCCCUCCCUCGCCGCCGGCGCCGCCAUGCUCCGGCGCCGAGGCCUCGUUCUCAUCCAGAUGCUCUCCUCUCCCUCCGCCGCCACCACCUCCCCCCUCCACCGCCUCAUAUCCGCAGCCGCCCCACCACAGGUACACGCGCGGAGCAGCAUCCUCUCCUCUCCCCGCCGCCUCCUCUCCGGCGCCACAGCCCCCGGCAUCUCCCCGACCACCGGGUUCGCCGUGGAGGACUACCUCGUCUCCACCUGCGGCCUCACCCGACCCCAGGCACUCAAGGCCUCCCCCAAGCUGUCCCACCUCAGGUCCGCCGCCAACCCCGACGCCGUGCUCGCCUUCCUCGCCGGCCGCGGCCUCUCCGGCGCCGACGUCGCCGCCCUCGUCGCCAAGGACCCCAAGUUCCUCUGCACCAAGGUCGACAAGGGCCUGUCCCCCAUCGUCGCGGGCCUCUCCGGCCUCGGCCUGUCAGAUCCCGAGAUGGCGCGCCUCCUCUCGCUCGCCCCACACAAAUUCCGCUGCAGAUCCAUCGUCGCCAAGCUGCACUACUACCUGCCCCUCUUCGGCGGCUCCUUGGAGAAGCUGCUCCGGGCCAUCAACUUCAACACCAACCUCCUCUGCUGCAAGGGGAGGGUGGAGCCCAAUGUCGCGUUCCUGCGCGAGUGCGGGCUGGGUGACCGCGACAUUGCCAAGCUGUGCAGCUCGAUACCGAGGAUGGUCACGGCCAACCUGGAGCGCGUUCAGACAAUGGUGGCGUUGACCAAAGGCCUCGGCGUGCCCCGGGGGUCCAGAAUGUUCAGGCAUGCUCUCAGUGCCGUCGCGUUCCUCGACGAGAAGAAGAUCGCAGCCAAAGUGGAUCACCUGAAGAAGACGGUCGGGAGGUCGGAUGCCGAGGUGAGCGUUGCUCUCCCUAAGGCCCCGUUUCUGCUCGCCAAGUCGAACGAAUCGCUGCAGCACGGGUCCGAGUUCCUCAUCUCUGAGGUGGGGUUGGAACCGGCGUACAUUGCUCGUCAGCCGUCAUUGCUCACUUACAACCUGGAGGGCCGGAUGAGACCUCGGUACUACGUUGUGAAGUUUCUCAAGGAAAAUGGAUUGCUCAAGCGCGACCCCAGCUACUAUACUGUUUUCAAGGAGACCGACACGUAUUUUGUGGAGAAGUUCAUAUGCCCUCACAAGGAAGCUGCACCGUACCUUGCUGAAGACUAUGCCGCCGCUUGUGGAGGGGAAGUGCCCGCUAGAUUUAGAUUUACAUGAACCAAGAAUUCUGAGUAAUAUAUGUAGAAUCACGAUGUAGUUCUGAAGCCAGCUAUGUUUUGGUCAUUAUUUGGUAAUGGAGAAGAACAUACAUGUUUUCUGAA